AGCCAGUGCCAAAAUGUCCGAGCACAAGAUCACACUGGAGCAGCUGCAGCACGAGCAGCUGGAGCAAGUCGUCCGGUCGCCGGCCAGGAAACGGGAGGAGCUGCAAGUGCUGCUGAUCGGCGCUCGGCCCACGCUCUAUCGGCUGUCGCCACGUCGCCUGUGCGUCUUCGCGUCGAUCUGCAGCGUCGCACUGAUCGCGCUCUACGCCUACUGGGAUGUGAUGAUGCUGACGGCGCUGAGUGCUCGGCGGGAUGUGGGCGCACGCGACUUGCGGAGCCCGCUGGCCGCGCAGCUGGAGCGGGAGGUGCGCGUGCUCUGCUGGGUGAUGACCACGCCCAAGUACCACAAGACGCGGGCGGUGCACAUACUGCGCACGUGGGGCAAGCGGUGCAACAAGAUCUAUUUCAUCACCUCGGCACCGGACGACGAGCUCGACACGAUUGUCCUGAACAAGACGGACUCGUACGACGUGCUCUGGGGCAAGACGAAGGAGGCAUUCACCUACUUCUACGAAAACAAGCUGCACGAGGCCGAUUGGUUCAUGAAGGCCGACGAUGAUACUUAUGUAUUCGUGGAGAAUAUGCGCCACAUGCUGUAUCCCUACUCUCCAGAUAUGCCCAUUUACUUUGGCUACAACUUCAAGCUGUUCUACAGUCCAUUUGGAAACGCAUCGUACAUGUCGGGGGGCAGCGGGUACGUGCUUAGCCGGGAGGCGCUGCGCAUCUUUGUGCACGGCCUGAACGAUAGCAGCAAGUGCCGGCAGGAGGACAAUCAUGCCGAGGACGUGGAGAUGGGCGUAUGCCUCUAUAAUCUGGGCGUGCUCGCCGGCGAUUCGCGCGACUCAACGCUGCGCAAUAGAUUCUUUCCCAUGGCCCCGUACACCUUACUCAUGUCCAAAUACAAUGGCUUGGACUUCUGGCUCUUCCGGUACGCCUACUACAAUCCCCGAGCGUGCCGGAACUGCCUCUCGGACUAUCCGGUGGCCUUUCACUAUGUGUCGCCCGAGGAUCUCUAUGUGUACGACUAUUUCUGCUAUGAACUGGAACUCUAUGAGCGCCCACAGGUACAAGAGCGGCUGCCGGAAAAGAUUUUACCCGGGCAGCUCUAUAUACCGCCAUCGGACAAUAGGUAUUAUGAGCCAUAAAUGCAAAGGGACUCUCAGCAUUUUAAAGCUUU